AUGCCAAAAUGGGUCAGAAAGACUAUUUGGCCUCUCGCAAUUGGAAAUUAAUUAGAAAUUACAGAAAAUCUAUAUAAAAUAUUACUUAAGCAAUAAAAUAAUUAAUAAAAUACAUCUUCUUUAAUUAGUAAAUCAGUGUCAAAAAUGAAAGAAGAUUUAAAAUAAAUGUAUAUAUAGAAAUUUUAAUAAAUCAUAAAUAACGAAUAAUUAGUUUAGAUGGAAAACAUACUACAGGCAUUUAUUUUCUAUAGACCAGAUCUAGGAUAUAUAAAAGAAGUGAUGCCUAAUUUAGUGUGUGUUUUAUUAUUACAUUUAGAUGAAUAUAAUUCAUUUAAAUGCUUUAUAAAUCUUUUACAUUCUUAUCAUUUUUUGAGUCUUUUUAGAGGAGAUAUGAGAGAAAUUGAAUGGAGAGUAAGGUUUUUUAAUGAAUAUUUGUUCAAAUAAAAACCUCUUGUACAUUAACACUUAAAAGCACUUGAUUUGUCCACAGAAUUAUUUUUAAUUGAUUGGCUAAUGAAUUUAUUUUCUAAUGUUUUAAAUGUUAAUAUUGUAAGCAGAAUUUUAGAUAAUUUAUUAUUGGAAGGAGAGAUUUUCGCAUUUAAGGCAGGCUUGGCAUAUAUUGAAUAUUUUGAUUUGGAAUUAAAAAUGGCAACAUUUGAUAAUGCUAUUGGAAUGUUAAAAAAUUUAUAAGGAAAUUUAUUUUCAGAAGAACUUUUCUUUGACAUUGUUGAUAAUAUAAAAAUUCCAUUAAAAGAUUUCGAUGAUAGAAUUGAAUAGUAAAAAGUUGCGAAAAUUACUACUUAUGUACAUGAAGCUUUACUUAAUUGA